CCGGCCGGUGCGCAUCAUAAUAGCGGACACCGGACUGUCUAUUUUGAGUUCAUUUCAAAGUGUUGGCUCAUAAAAAUGGCGUGUUGCAAGGGCCCGGGAUACGCGUCUCCUUUGGACGCGUUCAAGAACGGCGCUAGGGAGGAGCUCCUGUACGUGAUCUGUGUGCAGCCAGACACUACAAAGCAGGACUACAUCGCUACGGUCGAUGUGGACCCGAAGUCACCUACUUACUGCCAAGUAAUCCAUCGUACGUAUACUGGCAAUGUUGGGGACGAACUACAUCACUUUGGGUGGAAUGUAUGCUCCAGUUGCCAUGACAACGCAAACUUGAAGAGGGACCUUCUGAUUGUACCUGCAUUAAAGUCAUGCAACGUGUACGCAAUUGAUGUUGGCAAGAAUCUGAGGAAACCUGAAUUGCAUAAGGUUAUAGACGGGGAGGAGAUGAGGUCAUUUGACUGCACUUUCCCACAUACAACACACUGCCUGGCUACAGGGGAUAUCAUGAUCUCUACGAUGGGAGAUAAGAAUGAAAACGCUAAAGGAGAUUUUGUGCUCAUCGAUUCCAAAACGCUGAAAGUGAAAGGAACAUGGACCAAAGGGAAAAAACUGGCGAAAUUUGGAUACGACUUUUGGUAUCAGCCUUACCAUGACGUAAUGAUUUCUACUGAAUGGGGUACGCCAAAAUAUUUCAAGACUGGAUUCCAUGCUGGUGACGUGACAGAUCCAGAGCGUUACGGCACUUCGUUAAACAUCUACAAAUGGUCUACACACGAAUUGCAGCACGUCAUAGAUUUGGGUAAAGAGGGCACCGCGCCGUUGGAAAUCCGAUUCCUGCAUGAUCCCAAAGCCGCUCAAGGAUUUGUCGGGUGCGCUGUGGAGGCUAACGUUUACAGAUUCUAUAAAGCAGAAGAUGGAACAUGGAAAACCCACAAAGUCAUAGACAUACCAGCGAAGAAAGUUGUCAAAGACGGCAUAGAAUCUGAGCUUAACGGUCUAAUGUCCGACAUUAUUUUGUCACUGGACGAUAAAUAUUUAUACACAUCAUGCUGGCUCCACGGAGACGUGAGACAGUAUGAUAUAACCGACCCCAAGAAUCCCAAGCUGACUGGGCAUAUCUUCCUUGGCGGACAACUUCUCAAUGGAUACCAACUCGUGGAAGAUAAGGAGUUUAAGGAGCCUCCAAAGCCUGUGACCAUAAAAGGCAAGCGGCUGUAUGGCUCACCUCAGAUGUUGCAAUUGUCGUUAGAUGGGAAACGAUUGUAUGUGUCCUCGUCGCUUUUCUCACCUUGGGAUAAGCAGUUCUACCCGAAAAUGAUUGAAAAGGGAGGUUGGAUGGUAAAGUUGGACGUCAACAUAGAAAAUGGUGGUUUCAAGUUGGAUCCGAACUUCCUAGUUGACUUCGGUUCAGAGCCAGAUGGCCCGGUACUGCCCCACGAGAUGAGGUACCCUGGAGGAGAUUGCACAUCCGACAUUUGGCUCGCCAAAGAUUAAAGUUGCAGAAACUGACAUUGUGCCAAUAUUUUUCAGUUUUUACUGUCUAAUAGCACAACUUUGUAUAAACAUAUAUCGCUUCAAAUCUAAGGAAAUGUAGCUGCCAUGGGCUAUCGAAAAUAUAAUAAUGUGAAAUAAAUUUGUACAAAAUUAAUAUUAUAUAUCUGAAUAUACGUAAAUAUUAUUGUAACAUUUAUUGUUUUUAUUUUCCUUCUUUUGAUCCUUUUACACAUUAAAUUAACGUGUUUGAUAUUACUAAGGCAAGUAUCUGAAGCUGAAAUUCAGCAUGCUAACUAACAUUCGUCAUUCCGUAGUGGAUUUGUAAUUAAAAGUAGUUUAAAAUGUGUAUGUAUAUUUCCUUAGUCGUGUGGAAUGCAAAAGUUAUUGUGAUAAUGAGUUAAGUAGAUUAUGAUAUUAUGUUGGGUUCGAAUCCCGAAAUUUUUAAGUCAUCCAAAAUUCCAUAGCAUAAAUGGGACUUAAAGCCUGAUAUCACUUUACUGUAACCUCGAUUUAUAAAAAUUAUAUCCGUCAUUCAUAAAAAAAACUUAAUUGUGUUUACAGUCAAUUAUAAUGACUUCGUAAGCGUACGUGACAUGAAAGUUAUGCCUACAUACUGCCAAAUAAUAAACAUUUCAUGAUUGUGGGUUAAAAAACACAUACUGUGUACUACAUUUAGAAUGAAUUUUACAAAAUGCGAAACGCGUAAAUUUCACAUACACGUGUUUUUUAAGUUGCAUAAACAUAAGAACAUAAAGAACACAGCGGUAAAAUGCUGCCAACACAAUAUGUUAAAGCGUGGAACUGUGUUUCGUAACCGCCAUUUCAUUUCUUUUUUUUUUGGCAUAAAAAAUGUGUUAACUAUGACAAUUUAUUCUUUCAUACACUCUCAACGCAUUACACUUCUUCAUUGCAUGUAAAAAAGAGCAGAGGUUGGUUAUCUUUAAAUUGGCUAUGGAAAAAGCUAGUUUGUUCUUACGUCCGAUGGAGAGCGCUGCUUAGUUUUCAUAGAAACUUUGACGAUGCAAUACGUUACGGAGCUGUCAAAAGCUCGUGCAUGGGCUUCUGAUAGCGACAUGAACGAAUUUAGUACAUCUCGCUAUUUCCUCUUUUUAUACGACAUGUUCGAAAUGCGUAUAAUUUUUUUGAAAGAUUAAAGGUUAUAGUUAACACAUUUAUUCUUUAAAAAAAAGGAACAGAAAUGGCAAAGCAGCCCUCUUGAG